CCAUCCAACAACCGAUCGAUAAACCAAAUCAAAUGUUUGGUUGUCAAAACUUGACUCUAGUUUAUAUUAUAAUAAAAAACACUCAAGUAGUAGCAGUUGCUAUUAUUCUAUAUAUCUUGAUUCUUGAUAGUAGUUGUGUUUAAACAUGGCCAACUAAUCUCUUGAAUUUGAGCACAAAAAACAUCAUAUUCCACGCCUUUCCUCUUCUCUGCGUCUGCCUAUCCCUCGCCCCCAAAAAGUUAUGUACUUAGGAGGUGCAUGAUAUUAAUUGUUAUAGUUUAAUCUCCUGUGAUAUGAUGAUGAGAGAAAGAACUCUAAUUCCAACAUUUGUCUUCUGGGCUUUCCUUACAUUAAUCACACCAACACUUAUUCUCUUGUCAGAGAAUUCGAAAGCCGACCUUGAAUUAAAUGGAAAUAUUACAGAGACAAUGAAGGUAAGAAGAAUGAUCGGGCACACACAGAGUAACAUCAUAAGAACAGCACCACUGCCAGCCAAGUCAGUGGUUGAAGACGAACUUGCCCCAGCACCAGCUGCAACCGUAUCAUUAUUACCAUUGCCAACUUCAUCACACUCGCAUCAUAAUCAAACUGAUCUUAUACUCAGCAAUCGCAAUAGCACUGAUUAUGAUGCUUCCAAAGUACAAGUACAAGUCAAACAAAUGUCAAAUUCACAAUUACUUGAGCUUAGUGAAACAACACCAAAAUCAAACGGUAAGAAUAUGUAGUAUCAGUUCACAAAUACUAGUAAAUAUGUCAAAUUUGUCCAUACAAUGAGUCUGAAUUGAUAUGGACCGAUUGGCGUCAAUUGUUCAGCAAACAUAUAGUAUCUUUUAAAGUAAAUUUAAAAAAGAGAAAAUCAGGGAGGGAAUAUAGUUACUUAGCAAUGUAAUCCCAUUGCCAAUUAGUAGUUUUUGAAAUUUUGUGUAUGUAUAUAACUAUGAAUAAAUAACAGUAUACAUAAUAGCA